AUGGCUUCGACCGAAACACAGACGCUCCUUACCCGCCUCACGGCGGUAAGCCAACGGGUGCCUGAGGAGCCCGCCGUGUCUGCCACCGAAACGCAGGCUCUCCUCGCCAAUCUCGCGGCGUUGCGCCAAGAAGUGCCUGAGGAUGAUGAUCUUCGUCGGCAACUGUCCCGUGCGCUGUCGCAGGCUCUGGUGGUAGUUGAGCGACCCUUGGAGACCGUCCACCGACUUUCUUUCGCACCAUUGCAAUUGACGAUGACCAAAGUCGGCAUCGACCUGAACCUCUUCGAGAUCCUCGUCUCGAAAGGCGAGCCAAUGAGCCUGGUGGAGCUGAGCCAGGCCACCGGAGCAGACCCUGUGCUGAUCGCGCGUAUCCUUCGCUAUCUGGCCGCCUUCCACCUGCUCGCUGAAACCGGAGUCGACCGGUUCCAGGCCACCCCAGUGACCCAGGCCCUCACCGUGCCGGGGUUUGCAGCGGGGAUCAAGCACCAUUUCGAGGUCCAACUGCCCGCCUGGGCGGCCCUUCCGGCCUUCCUCGCAGCCACAAACUAUCAAACCCCCUCCGACCGGGAGCGCACGGCAUUCCAGCAGGCCCACCAGACCGACCAGACGGUCUUCGCCUGGUUUAUGGGAGGCAGCGCCCCACCACGACUGUUCGAGGAAUUCAGUCUGUGGAUGAGCGCCCAGCGCGUCGGGCAGCCCAUCUGGCUAGACGUGUUCCCGCUGGAACGAUUGCUUACUUCUGCCACUGCCGCUAAAGCAACGGCCCCCACUACCCCCACUACCCCCACAGCCACCAACUCAGCAGCAGCAGCAGCAGCAGCAACAUCGGCAUCACCGUCCCUCCCACCACCCCCCAUCUUCGUCGACAUUGGGGGCGGCGUCGGCCACCAGUGCGUGGAACUGCUGAAGCGGCUGCCCCAAUUGCACGGGCGCGUGGUGCUGGAGGACCUCGCGCCCGUGGUGGCCAAGGCGCUGCCACACGCCGGGUUCGAGCGGCGGGCGCACGACUUCUGGACGCCGCAGCCGGUGGUCGGGGCGGGGUUCUACUAUCUGCGCAACGUGCUGCACGACUACCCGGACGAGCAGUGCGUGCGGCUGCUGGGGCUGCAGCGGGCGGCGAUGGGGGCCGGGUCGGUGGUGCUGGUGGACGAGAUCGUCUGCCCGGCGCGCGGGGCGGGUCCCGCCGUGGUGGAUAUGGACAUCACCCUGCUGGCGUGCCUGGCGGCGCAGGAGCGCACGCUGGCGCACUGGACCCGGCUGUUCCGGGCGGCGGGGCUGGCGCUGGUCGAGGUCGUGCCGUAUGUGACGGAGGGGGGGCAUAGUGUGAUGGUGCUGGAGCGGUUGGCUGAGGGGGAUGUAUAG